UCUUCGGCUACGGUGUGUUACGGACAUAACGUGCAAAGUUUCCAAAGUUCGUUUGCCGAGAUCGCGUACUACGAGCUUUUUUUUAACGAACUAAGGACAAGAUAUUUUUUUUAUAUAUAUUAAAAAAAGGAAAAUUUUAUAGAACUUGUUAAGAAAAAUAAGUUAUCUGAAGUGGUGCUUUCAUGAAAUCUGAAAAAAAGUUUAACACUGAUUGUGCUUUGAGUUAAACUUUGUGUGCAACCAUAAACAUUUUUUUUUAAUUUUCGAUUUUAAAUUGGGUGGAAUGAAAAAUAUGUAGAGGAUUGCCAUAAUAAUUUGAGUGCGUAGUGAAUUUAUAAAACAGGAUUUAGUGAGAAAAACCCAACUUUUUUGAUAAAAAAAAACAGGAAUUAUAAUGACUUGUUAAUAGUGAUUUAGUUUUUUAUCAGUUUGAUUUCUGAGUGCCUUUUUUGGGAUUUUUUUACUUAUCUUGAGGACUAUCAUCAUGGAACUUUACCUGCACAAAAGCUUUCUUCCGCUAUUAAUUCUUUCUUUAGGAUUAGAUCUCCUCUUCGUCGGCGCUGAGGAUGUAAAAGACACCAGGGAGGGCGAAGAUGUCACGCUAGAAUGCAGAUUUUCUCCGAAAACGGCAACUGGGGAGCUCACUUACUACUGGGUUAGAAGCAAUAAACAAACUCAUGAUAAUGCUGCUAUUGGAAAAGUUCCUUUGGACAACAAUUACAAGUUAAAUUAUCAACCAGAAAAAGGAAUUUACGACCUUCUCAUUUCUAAUGCCAGUUAUGAUCGAGAUAACGGCAAAUUUGAGUGUAAGGUGAAAGCGGGAGGAUCUGGCACAAAUCUGCACUCGCAAAGCUACUCGUUAACUGUACUGACACCACCGCAAGCGCCAACAGUUAUGCCUGGAACAUAUGUGACAGCUACUGAAGGGAAAACGUUGGAUUUGACAUGUUCGACAAUGGGAGGUUCACCAGAUCCGAUUGUACGUUGGUAUAGAGAAGACAGUGAUUAUCCCUUGGAGACUGCUUUGAAAAACGGUGGAUCUCGAGACCAAGCCACAACCGCCACAUUAGCCAUCACACCGGAUAAAGAAGACGACGGCGCUGUUUUUCGUUGUGAAGUAUGGAAUCGUGCCAUGGGUCAGAAUAAAAAACUUGAAGCUACAGUCACCUUAAGUGUUAAUUAUUUCCCACGUGUGGAAGUUGGUCCUGAAAAUCCAUUGAAAAUUGAAAGAGAUUCAGCGGCAACUCUUCAAUGUAACGUCGAUGCAAAACCGAAAGCAACCAGCAUUCAUUGGGCAAGGAACGGUCGUUUUAUAACCACAUCAACAAAUCAUGUUCUGCAUCGAGUCAGCAUUCAAGAUGCCGGACAAUACACGUGCCGUGCCGAUAACGGAUUGGGGAAAGUCGGCGAAAAAGAAAUAACCUUAGACGUUUUAUAUGCGCCUAUUGUUACCUUAGAAUCAAAAACGAAAGAAGCUGAAGAAGGUGAAACGGUUACGAUUAAAUGUAACGUAACGGCGAAUCCUUUUCCGCACAUCAUCGAAUGGAUUCAUGAUAGUAAACCGGAUUUUAGACAAAAUGGUGAUACGUUAAGAUUGAAUCGUGUGUCUGCGGAAAAUGCAGGAACUUAUAUUUGCCGUGCUGUUAAUUUACUAAAACCUAGCGGUGUUCCGAAUAAUCGAGCCCCAUUAGAGAAAAUUGGAAACGCGUCGAUUGCAGUGUUGAUCAGACACAAACCGGGAAAAGCCAGGAUAAUGCCGGAUAAGCCAAUUGCUAACGAAGGAUCUGCCGUUACGUUAACAUGUACGGCAUCACCUUCCGGUUGGCCAGCACCCCAAUAUCGUUGGUUUAAAAUGGGUAACGACGGUCAAUCUAGUAUAUUAGCUACCGGGAUUAAAUAUUCCAUAAACAGCGCUAACAUUGUUAAUGAAGGCACUUAUAAUUGCCAAGCUACUAAUGAACUCGGUCCCGGGGAAGUUGCUUCUGUUACAUUAGAAGUCCAUCAACCACCCAGUUUUAAAUACAAAUUAAAACCUUUAGAAACGAAGCGAGUUGGCGAUCCAAACUUUUCUGUUGCUUGUAGCGCUAAAGGAAAACCUAAACCAACAGUAAGAUGGUUAAAAGACAACGAAGAAUUAACAGCAGAUACGAAUAUGUACGAAGUUAAAACGGAACAUUCCGUUUCAAGCAAUAACGCCGUCAGUGUGCAGAGUAUUUUGAGAUUUUCUGGAAAAGCCAGACCGAAUUCUAAUGAAUUAUUACCGUCUGAUAGAGGAACGUAUACGUGCGCUUUCGAAAAUGAAGUUAGGAAUGCUGAAUCUAGUAUGCAUUUAAGGAUCGAACAUGAACCAAUUAUACUCCAUAAAUACAAUAAAGUUGCAUUCGAUAAACACGAAACAGCCGAAGUAAUUUGUAAAGUUCAAGCAUACCCAAAACCGGAGUUUAAAUGGUUCUUUGGAUCCAGCAAUUCCCAACUUACUUCUUCGGCGGGUCACUACGUUAUUAAACCCAGCAACAAAGAGAACGAUACUUACAUCAGUAAACUGCAAAUAUCCGACAUCAAACAGCAGGAUUACGGUGAAUACAAUUGUCAUGUUAUGAACAGUUUGGGUGGAAUCGACGUUAAAAUUCGUUUACAACCGAAAGGGCCGCCGGAAAAACCAUCCGAUUUAGCGGCACUUUAUAUUGGUCCGAAUUACGUUACAUUAAACUGGCAAGCAGGAUUUACCGGCGGGAUUUCAACAACAAAGUAUUACGUUUCAUACAAAAAGAUCCCAGCUAACGAUAAUUUAAAUAUUGAUGGUUGUGGAACAAUUACAAGAUCACCAGAUUGGUCCGAAGCCGAUUGUAAACACGACAUUCCUUGUAACGUUUCGCAUUUGGAACAACACCAACAUUACACGUUUAAAGUAAAAGCGGUUAAUUCAAAGGGAAAAAGUGAUUAUUCGCAUGAAAUUUCGGUGACGACUCGUGUGGAUCGUUUGCCGAUUCCACAAAAAGUUACAUAUGAUCCAUCAUCACACGUUUUACAUGUUGAAGUCCCCAGCACUUGUUUACCUUUAGUUGCUAUUGUUGAAUCUAUCACGAACGAAAACAUGCCAGUUCCAACGUGGAAAGUUUUAGAUACUUUACCGUUAGAAGUUUCUGGGAUGAUGUCAACUUACAAAGAAGCUAACUUAGAUCAAGUCGUUUCCAGAAUGUACAGAGGAAAAAUGCUUCUUGAUGAUCAACUAAAUAUGGACGAAGAGUAUCAAUCGCGAGUUCGGGUGAAAUUUUGUUUGGGAACUCAUUUAGAACAUUGUGGUGAUUCAAUAGAAGCAGAAAUUGGAACAGCUUAUAUUAAAGAAGCAUCAGCUUUAGGAACACCAACUGUCAUAGCGAUAAUCGUGACGGCAAUCGUAGCGAUACUCUUCGGCGUCUUAGUUUUAAUGUUCUGUAGAUGCAAAAAGAAUCAAACGAAAAAAGCCCAAUCAAAGGAUUACGAAUCGGAUUCCGUUCGGCCCACAAUCGUUUCCAGUCAAAAUCAAGCACCUCCACCUUACUAUCCAUCGACGGGAAUGGAAAACAAAGCUUUAGAUCACAAUUUAGAUUUAGCCUUAGCUCUUGAGGAUCAAAAAAGCGUUUAUGCCACUCAAAACGGUUAUGGAUAUCACGUUGGAAAUCCUGAUAUUCAAUCAAGACCAAAUAUUAAUAACGGAGAAUGGGCUAAUAUUGGAUAUUUAGAGAAUAGUUACUCAAAUUCAAAUAAUGGAGGAAGUGUUAAUUCCCAAGAUUCGCUUUGGCAAAUGAAAAUGGCGGCGGCAGCUAAUAAUUCAGUAAACCAACUACAACCCCAUUUGAACGUAGAUCGCCAAAAUUCUUACGGUUACGAUCCCAUAACGCAUGGAGGUUAUGGAGCAGUUGAUGAUUACGCACCUUACACGCAUAUUACAACUCAAAGCAACCACGGCGAUGAUUACAUGAGGAACAGCAAUAAUCCAUCACGACAAGAAUACUGUAAUGAUCCUUAUGCAGCCGUCCAUAAACCAAAGAAACGCAUAGAACAACAUAUUGAUUCACCAUAUCACGAUGUAAGUGGCCUUCCAGAUCCAUACUUAGAACAAAUGGAAGAGGAAAAACCCCCUCAACACAUGUCCCUCAGCUAUGAAGAAAGUUUAGAAAGUGGAUAUUCGACGCCAAAUUCGCGAACAAGAAGAGUUAUACGCGAAAUUAUCGUUUAAAAAGGAAUCCCAUUUCAAGAAAAAAAUAUCCGUUUUUAUGUUUUUGUGUGUGCUGCUAAUUUAAACGUGAAAUUUAUUAUAAACUUGAUCAAAAAAAUGAUUGAUCUUAAAAGUGAACGAACUUAAAUUAUCAAGUCGUUAAUAUAUUCUUAGGAGGAGAAUAUUUAAUCAGAUAAUGUUGUGUAAAUUAACAUGUUGAUCUAAUAUAGUUUCGAAGAAUCUUCGUACCUGAUGGACUUUAUAAAAACUUUUAAAGAAAAGCAAAAAUAAAUAUUUAUUAAUUCACGUCUUAAAAAAAUUAAUAAUAAUUGUAUUUUAAACUUAAAAGAAUGAGAAGUGUUCAAAGAAAACUUUUAUCUGUGUACUUACGGAAUUGCCAUCAUCAAAAAAGUGAUAAUUUACGCACGUACUAAGAAAGGAAGAAAUAAGUAAAAUAAAAAUGCUAAAUAAUACAUUAAUUUAAACAAAAAACGAACUUUUAAUGUAUAUAAAUAUAAGUUCCUGCCAUGUUUUUUAAAACAUUCUGUGUUUUUUGGUGUUUUUGUGAAUAUUAAGAAUGAAUGAUCCUGAGUAAAAGUUGAAUGAAAAAUUGGACCAAGAUGGAUGAAAAGAAAAAAAGAAAAUGGAACGUAAAAAAAUAAAACGGACAUGAAGUGAGCAUGAACAGCAAUAAAAAGAUGAAAAAGAAAUAAUGUGAUUUUGAAAGGAGAUAAUUUGCAAUAAUUGUUGUGAGACUCAAUGUUUUAAUAAAAAAGAUCUUAUUAUUCUAUAAAAUGUGUAAAGUGUAGUUAUUGUGGUAAUUUUUAAGCAAUAUUUAAUUAACUUUUUUAAUUAACAAAAAAAAUUAAUGUUUUUGUUACUUCAUUUU